CCCCCCCCAUACAAUACAAGAUCUUCCUUCCUCAGUUCUCUUAAAUCACAGCCCAGGGAAACCUCCUCAGAGCCUGCAGCCAGCCACGCGCCAGCAUGUCUGGGGGCAAAUACGUAGACUCCGAGGGACAUCUCUACACUGUUCCCAUCCGGGAACAGGGCAACAUCUACAAGCCCAACAACAAGGCCAUGGCAGACGAGGUAAAUGAGAAGCAAGUGUAUGACGCACAUACCAAGGAGAUUGACCUGGUCAACCGGGACCCCAAGCAUCUCAACGAUGACGUGGUCAAGAUCGACUUUGAAGAUGUGAUUGCAGAGCCAGAAGGGACACACAGUUUUGAUGGCAUCUGGAAGGCCAGCUUUACCACCUUCACUGUGACAAAAUAUUGGUUUUACCGCUUGUUGUCUACCAUCUUCGGCAUCCCUAUGGCACUCAUCUGGGGCAUUUACUUUGCCAUUCUCUCUUUCCUGCACAUCUGGGCAGUUGUACCGUGCAUCAAGAGCUUCCUGAUUGAGAUCCAGUGCAUCAGCCGUGUGUAUUCCAUCUAUGUCCACACCUUCUGUGACCCACUCUUUGAAGCUAUUGGCAAGAUAUUCAGCAAUAUCCGUAUCAACAUGCAGAAAGAAAUAUGAGUGACAUUUCAAGGAUGGAAGUAUUCCCAAUCUUUUUUUUUUUCCUUAUUAUUUCCUUGGUGCCAAUUUCAAGUUUCAAGUUGCCAUCACCAUCACGGCAGCGACUUAUGAAUGGUUUGUCUUGCUCCAGAACAAAGAAGUUGUCUCUUUUAAGCUCUUGCAUCUAUUUUUCACAGUCUGAAAUCUGUAAACCCAUUGCUACCCUCUCCUUUGUAUGUGGAUCAUUUUUUAUUGGCUAAAAUACAAAAACAUCAUUGAAAAAAUAGGAAGAACUGGGG